UAAAACAAUACAUCUAAUAACACAUUCUUCUUCAUUUACAUCUCCCAUCCUUCUCUUUCCAUUAAUAUCAACCCCAUGGAUCUUACCGACGUUAUCAUUUUCUUGUUCGCUCUCUAUUUCAUCAACCUAUGGUGGCGCCGGUUCUCUUCCGCCGGAAGGAGUCAGUGUAACCUGAACAUCCCGCCGGGGCCAAAAGGAUGGCCACUAGUCGGUAACCUACUCCAAGUCAUAUUCCAACGUCGCCAUUUCGUCUUCAUAAUGCGUGACCUACGUAAAAAGUAUGGUCCAAUAUUCACCAUGCAGAUGGGACAACGUACGAUGAUUAUCAUCACGGACGAGAAGCUCAUCCACGAGGCGCUAGUCCAACGCGGGCCAACCUUCGCUUCACGUCCUCCGGAUUCACCAAUCAGGCUCAUGUUUAGUGUUGGGAAAUGCGCUAUAAACUCAGCGGAGUACGGAUCUUUGUGGAGGACUCUGAGGAGGAACUUUGUGACGGAGCUAGUGACCGCGCAGAGGGUGAAGCAGUGCUCGUGGAUACGGACUUGGGCUAUGGAGAAUCAUAUGAAGAGGAUUAAAACGGAGAAUAUUGAGAAAGGUUUCGUGGAGGUUAUGAGCCAGUGUAGGCUAACGAUCUGUAGCAUCUUGAUCUGUCUUUGUUUCGGUGCCAAGAUCAGCGAGGAGAAGAUUAAGAACAUAGAGAAUGUUCUCAAGGACGUUAUGCUCAUAACUUCUCCGACGUUACCUGACUUUUUGCCGGUUUUUACUCCGUUGUUUCGGCGUCAAGUUCGUGAAGCGAGAGAGCUGAGGAAGACGCAGCUCGACUGUCUUGUUCCGUUGAUAAGAAACCGUCGUAAGUUCGUUCUCGCUAAGGAGAGUCCUAACGAAGAGAUGGUUAGUCCGAUUGGUGCAGCUUAUGUGGAUUCUUUGUUUGGUUUGAACCUGGUCGAGAGAGGCGGUGAGCUUCGAGACGAAGAGAUCGUGACUUUGUGUUCGGAGAUUGUCUCAGCCGGCACAGACACGAGUGCAACGACACUUGAAUGGGCGUUAUGUCAUCUGGUGAGUGACCAAAACAUUCAAGAGAAGCUGUACGAGGAAGUUGUUGGAGUUGUUGGCAAAAACGGUGUCGUUGAAGAGGAUGACGUGGCGAAAAUGCCUUAUUUGGAAGCCAUAGUGAAAGAGACCCUCCGGCGACAUCCACCGGGACAUUUCCUUCUCUCCCACGCCGCAGUUAAAGAUACCGAGCUAGGAGGGUACGAUAUCCCGGCGGGGGCGUAUGUGGAAUUUUACACUGCAUGGGUUACUGAGAACCCGGAGAUUUGGUCGGAUCCGGGUAAGUUUCGCCCCGAGAGGUUUUUAACCGGUGGGGACGGCGUUGAUGCUGACUGGACCGGGACACGUGGCGUUACAAUGUUGCCUUUUGGUGCGGGUCGUCGGAUAUGCCCGGCUUGGUCCUUGGGGAUUCACCACAUCAACUUGAUGCUUGCUAGGAUGAUCCAUAAGUUCAAAUGGAUCCCGGUUCCGGGUCCUCCACCCGACCCGACUGAGACUUACGCGUUCACUGUCGUGAUGAAAAAUUCACUCAAAGCUCAGAUCAUGUCAAGGACUUAAACUAGUUUCGUUUUGUAUGAGAAUGCGAUAUGUGUGGGUAAUUAAUAUUUUAAUUCCUUCGUAUUUACGUGGCAUUAAUCUUAGCUAUUUUAAUAUGUUGUUCAUUUUGAACUAUCUUUAUCUA